UUACAUUUACCUGAAGCAGUCUAACGUUGCAAUUCAAGCGGGUCGUACGCAAAUAAUAUCUCCCACUAUUAUCAAUCAAUUUAUAUAUUAUUUUGUGCGAACUGUGUUUAAAGAAAAAAGGAGUAAUUUAAAAAUGUCCAUGUUACCAAACACCUUCAUCCGGGGCCUACAUGAUGAGGAACUCUGCAAACGUAUGGAGUAUCGUACUCUAGGUCGUACAGGACUGCAAGUGUCGACAGUUUCGUUAGGUACAGCAACUUUAAGUGAUUUAUUUGGAGAACUAGAUGUGGACGAGGCUAUAACAAUGAUCCAAAAGGCUUUAAAAGCUGGAAUUAAUUACAUUGACACAGCGCCAUAUUAUGGACAGGGUCGUUCCGAGGAAGUAUUGGGUAUGGCAUUGAAAAAUGUACCACGUUCGGCGUACUAUAUAGCAACAAAAGUUGGACGCUAUGAGAAGGAUUUAGUUACCCGAUUUGAUUUCUCUGCCAAAAGAACUCGAGAAAGUGUCGAGAACAGCUUAAAACUACUCGGUAUCAAAUAUGUGGACAUAAUACAGAUUCAUGAUAUCGAUUUUGCCAAGGAUAUCGACGUUAUUGUCAGCGAAUGUCUGCCCGAACUGGAAAAAAUUGUUAAGGAAGGCAAAGCAAAGUUUAUCGGUAUCACCAGUUACAAUAUAGACUUGCUUAAGGAGUGCAUAGAACGUGCGCCGUGCGUUGAUACCAUCCUCACGUAUUCGCGGCACACGCUACUAGACGAUUCACUAAAGCAUUAUGUGAAAUUUUUCCAAGAGCAUAAUAUCGGCAUUGUUUGCGCAUCUGCUCAUGCAUUAGGUUUGUUGACCAACGCUGGACCACAGCCUUGGCAUCCCGCACAUGAUAAUGUGAAGACAAUAUGUCGCAAAGCAGCGAAUAUUUGUAAGGAGGCCGAUAUUGAGCUUGGCAAAUUGGCUAUGUAUCAAUUUAUGCAAUUGGAUGGUGCGAGCACAUUUUUAGUCGGUAUGGAAACUUGCAAGCUGUUAGAUAUCAAUCUAGCUGCCUAUUAUAACGGACUUAGCCAAAAGGAGAUGGAGAUAUUGCAACAAUUACGUGAAACCAUUUUCACGAGACCUUACAACUGGAAUGACAUCGAGUUGGAAGAAUACAAGUCUGCAGUAUCGAAUGCGAAAUAAAUGGAAUGUUAUGGAUGAAAAACUACACUUAAAUACACAUGCAUAUUUAUGUACAUAUUCUGGUUGAAUAAACUAACUCAUAUUUCAAUACAGAAAUGUUUAUGCAAUAAAUCAAAAAUAAAAAGCUUUUUAAGAAA